AGAGAGAGAGAGAGAGAGAGAGAGGGCGAGGAAAAGAAACGGAGGGUUUGUUUCAAUUUCUCGUCACCGCUCUGCAAAUAACCAAAUGAGGGUUGGAGAAGACGCAAACAAACAAAACGCAAUUGUUAUUGCAAUUUUGUCGUCUUCUCAGAAUUUCUCCUUUUUUUGUUUUUCCGAUUUUCCGACUUUUUAAUUGUGUGUGUAUGUAUACAUGUAUGUAUAUACACAAAUACAGUGGGGGAUCAAUGGAACCGAAACCCCAAAUUUAAAACCCCCCUUUUUCAAUUUUGCCUUGUAGAAUUCUCUCUCCUUUUUUUAUGUAACAGCAAAAAACAAAACGAGAAACAAUCAGUAAUGAAGAAGAUGGUGGUGAAAGCCCUUGGGGAUUCUUCUUCCGUUACUGUUUGAUUUUUUUUUUGAUUUUUUUUUUUUUAAUUUUUUGCGAAUAGAAAGGGCUAAAAAAAUUAGGAUGGGUGAGCUUGGGGUGGAGAUUUCAGAGGUGGAUUUGGGGUGGAAGUCAUGUACAGUGACUGAUCCGGCGCCGUUGAGCGAGGAGUGUUUGUCGGCGGCGGCGGAGGCGGCGGCGCAGCAAGUGGUGAAUUGUGUGCACCCUACACUUGACUCGGAGGAGAAGAGGAGAGACGUCAUUGAUUAUGUUCAGCGGCUAAUCAAAAGUCAGAUUAAUUGUGAGGUUUUCCCGUAUGGGUCAGUGCCUCUCAAGACAUACUUACCUGAUGGAGAUAUUGAUUUGACUGCCGUUAAAGGUCUUGAAGGUGAGGAAGUCUUGGCUCAUGAAGUUUUUGCUCUUCUACAAAGAGAAGAGAAAAAUGAAAAUGCUGAGUUCCAAGUUAAGGAUCCUCAAUUUAUUGAUGCUGAGGUUAAACUCGUGAAAUGUCUCGUGCAAAACAUUGUGAUAGAUAUAUCAUUCAAUCAAUUAGGUGGACUUUCUACACUUUGUUUCUUAGAGCAGGUUGAUCGCCUCGUUGGGAGAAAUCAUCUCUUUAAACGCAGCAUUAUCCUCGUUAAAGCGUGGUGUUAUUAUGAGAGUCGUGUACUUGGUGCACACCAUGGUUUAAUAUCUACGUAUGCUUUGGAAACACUUAUCCUCUACAUAUUCCAUCUCUUCCAUUCAUCCUUAAGUGGCCCAUUAUCGGUGCUCUACAAAUUUUUGGAGUACUACAGCCAGUUUGACUGGGAGAACUAUUGCGUCAGUUUGAAAGGGCCGGUUUGUAAAUCAUCACUCCCUGAUAUAGUGGUAAAGACACCAGAAAGUGAACGGAAAGAUUUGAUGCUCAGUGAAGAAUUUUUGGAGAACUGCAUGGAGAUGUUCUCAGUUUCGUCAAGAGUGGUUGAAGGAAAACCGAAAGCAUUUCAGACAAAAUAUCUUAAUAUCAUUGAUCCGUUGAAGGAAAAUAACAAUCUAGGACGCAGUGUUCACAGAGGCAAUUUUUAUCGAAUACGAAGUGCUUUCAAGUACGGGGCCCGCAAGCUUGGUAAAGUUUUCCAACAACCGAAAGACAAAAUUGCUGAUGAGAUCAGUGAGUUCUUUGCAGAUACCAUUGCAAGGCAUGGAAGUGACUACCGAAGUGGCACUCAAGGGUUGACGUUAGAAUUUGGAGACGAAGAUUCUUCGACUGCAUAUUCCUCAUCCCCUGUUGAAUUGUCCUCCGAGGAUGACAUCAUCUUGAAAUCAUCCGUCUGUGACGAUAACGACAGUUUAGGGUUAGAAUUCAAGAAUGAAAGCAACCGACAUUCUGAGCUUGCAACUUCUAAUUCCAGUCUAAUUAAUGGCGUGCCGGAAUAUGCUUCGAGCAGCAAUAACAGUUCUUGGAACCAUAGCCACAAACCGUUUUACUGCUCUUCCAAAUUAUCUGCUGAAAAUGAGAAGUUCUGCUUGGAUACAUGGUUGGAUAACCGCGAAGAAAACGGGGAAACGAACAAUACGUAUCAAUGGUGUUUGGACAACUCGCAUGCAAAGUCAAAUUUCACAGACCAUAUUGCCCUUGAUUUUAAGGAGAUGGACUUGAAAAGCGUGGGUGGAGAAUCGGAAGCUUUCAAUCCUUUGGCUGACCUUAGGGGUGAUUACGAGAGCCAUAUUAGGAGUCUUUUAUACGGUCAACUAUGCCAUGGGUUUUCUUUAUCUACAUCCGUAGCGUAUCAUACGCCAUUCUUGCCUUCGAGGGUUUCGAACAAAAAACCAUUAUCUGAUACUCUUCCUCAACCGAUGCCAGCCUGUCGGGUUCAAUUCUCUCAAAUGAGUUCAACCCCAUUUCAAAUCGAGCAAAACGUGGGCCAGUUAGCUAAUUUUGCACAAAGGGCAUCACAAGGAACCGGCACUUACUUUCCGCAUGUGAAUGCUUUUAACAGGGAGAGACCUACACAAGGCUGGAGCAGAAACAAGGCACCACCACACAAUCAUCAUAAUCAUUUUCAUAGGCAUAAACGAGUUAACGGCUCGUGUGCUUAUACUGCUCCGUCUCAGCCAAAGAAUUCCGAAAAUGGGGUCGAUGAAGUUGUACCUUCUGCAAGAAGAAGAUCUCAAGAAUCGAUGAGCCAAUCACCUCGUUCGGUUAAUAAUGGGGAUCAAAAGAGCCGUAAGUUGAGUAGAAUUGAAUUUGGUUCGAUUGGGAAUCUUGCAGAAGAAGUUAUUGCAGCUUCUUCGGGUGUUAUUGCCUCGACUCAGUGUAGUAGUACUAAAAAAGAAAGGGUUUCAGUGCCGAUAGUCCACCUUAAGAAUGAAGAUGAGUUUCCCCCGUUGAGACAAUGAGACUGCGUAGAAGAAGGGAUUUGGAUAUGGUUAAAAUUGUACAAAAAAAAAAAGAGUGAGAAAGGAUUUAUAUCGAGUUUUAGAUGAGUCUAACAGACUAGAGAGAGGAGGGCUUUUUAGGUAGGUAUAUAAUUGGCUUUCUUAGUUUGCAAUCUCUGAACUGUUUUUUUUUUUUUUUGGAGACUGAUUUCGGGUUGUUUUAUGACUGUUUUACGGAACAGGAUAGCUGUAAAGUAGGGUUUCAUUUAGUACAUUUUGGGUAGAGGACACCUAAUGCCAUUUUUUUGGUGGCAAGUAUUAUCUUACUUUGUUACAGGGAAUUUGUAUAUUGACUAGUUCUGCUUAUGGCGUCUGAUUUUUUCGUUUUUGU